CAUUUAUGUAUUUAGGCAUAGAUAUUGAUUAAAAACCAACUGCAAUUCAAAGUUAUGCAAAUUACCGACAUAUUUAUUUGUUUUGUAGUGAAUGCUUCCAGGUGGAUGGUUGCCUACGUCAUACACACUUCCGUUCCGCCGUUAGCAGCUGUGCCUCAGUUGCUACAGAUUUUGCUGUUGAAUUAGAGAUAAUCAACCUCCAUCAAACGUCGUAUCUUGAAGCCGUUUAACAUUUUUCUUUGCGUCUGUGUUUUUGAAGCACGCUUCGCACUGUCAGUGAAAUGGCGGAGCCUUGCAGUCCGGCCGCUAAGUGUGUGUCUCCGGGGGCCGCGGGCGCAGGGGUGGAGAUGGAGGCGGUGGAGAUGGACCCGGUGGAGUUCACCCUCCGCAAGCGUCUGCCGCGCAAACUGCCCAAGCGCCGCCACGACGUCUACGUCAACAUGAAGACGGACUUCCGGGCGCAGCUGGCGCGCUGCCAGAAGCUGCUGGACGGCGGCGCGCAGCGCGAGAUCUGCGUGCACGGCCUGGGGCUGGCCAUCAACCGCGCCAUCAACAUCGCGCUGCAGCUGCAGAGCGGCAGCCAGGGGGCGCUGCUGCUGGCCGCCAACACCUCCACCGUGGAGCUGGUGGACGACCUGGAGCCGGAGGAGGCGGGGACUGAGCCACUCACACACACGCGCAACAACUCGGCCAUUCACAUUAAAGUGUACUACCCCGACCCCCAGUGAGCACGUGACAGUGCAGUACCUCAGAGACCCUCUGUUGUUGGGGGUGGGCGGGGGCUACGAAAAGCUGCAAGAUAAAAAUUAACUGUGAAUCGUUUACAGAAGAGACAGUCCUUUGAUCGACAGCGCCCCUCCUGUGGUCUUUAAUAUGAAGUGUGCCCCUGAAACGGCUCUAUAAGGGCUGUGGGGCUGUAGGACUGGAGGACUGGAGGACUGGAGGACUGUAGGGCUGCUGCAUGCUGAAGAUCAUCAGUGCCCCUCAUUAUUACAAUUAGGUUUGCAAUUUUAUUUGGGCCAAAUGACUGUGUGUGUCCAACAUCAAGUGCAAUUUCAGAUCCUGAGUUUUCCGUUUGCAGAUGUUGUGGUUUGUGCUUGAGCAAAAUGCUGAGUUGUACAGAAUAAAAUGUAUUUAAAUUGA